GGGACUGCUGUUUCUCGUCACGUCACUUUUUUUUUUCGUUUUCCCGUCACGACUAUCCAGCAUUCACGCUUGAAAUCAGCUCUCCGGACGUUCCAGCUAUCCCUUCCUCUCAAAUACGGAGCUGACGUAGUGAAGUGCUGUGGUGGUUUCCCAACACACAAGAGCUUUCGAAAGGGGUGUGUGUGUUCUGUUCAGAGAUCGGUCCCGCCAGACAGACAAAUUCGGCCUUUAACCUCAAUUCUUCAGAAAAAGGGAGAAACAGAAAACUCUGAAAAUGUUCAGUUGGCUGGGCAAAGAUGAGGCUCGCAACAAACAGCCUGAAAUCUAUGAUAGUGUGGUUGAAGGUUUAAAGAAAAUUUACAAAAGCAAGAUUCUGCCUUUGGAACAGCAAUACUUCUUCCAUGAUUUCCACUCACCAGAACUGAGUGAUCCUGAUUUUGAUGCCAGGCCAAUGAUCCUAUUGGUAGGGCAAUACUCAACUGGCAAAACCACUUUCAUUCGAUACUUACUGGAAAAAGAUUUUCCUGGAAUUCGAAUCGGUCCCGAGCCUACCACGGACAGGUUCAUAGCUGUCAUGCACGGAGAUACUGAAGGCGUCAUACCCGGAAACGCCCUUGUGGUCGAUCCAAAGAAACAAUUUAGGCCUCUAUCCAAAUUCGGCAAUGCCUUUCUUAACCGAUUCCAAUGUUCUACAGUCGAUUCCCCUGUCCUAAAGGGCAUCAGUAUCGUUGAUUCACCUGGUAUCCUUUCGGGCGAAAAACAGAGGACGGACAGAGGCUACGAAUUUACCGGUGUGCUGGAGUGGUUCGCUGAGCGAGUGGACAGAAUCAUUCUUCUUUUCGAUGCGCACAAGUUGGACAUUUCUGAUGAGUUUAGACGUUCCAUUGAAGCCUUGCGAGGCCACGACGAUAAAAUUCGCAUUAUCUUAAAUAAAGCUGAUAUGAUCGAUCACCAGCAGUUGAUGAGGGUGUACGGCGCACUAAUGUGGUCACUCGGUAAAGUGCUCAACACUCCCGAAGUGGCUCGUGUAUACAUAGGAUCCUUUUGGGAUCAACCCCUACGUUAUGAUAUGAACAGAAGGUUAUUCGAAGCUGAAGAGCAGGAUUUGUUUUCAGACCUGCAAUCACUCCCAAGAAAUGCUGCUUUACGAAAACUGAAUGAUUUAAUCAAGCGGGCUCGUCUAGCUAAGGUUCAUGCAUACAUAAUCGCUGCUCUGCGAAAGGAUUUUCCAACCAUGUUUGGCAAAGACGCCAAGAAAAAAGAGCUCAUCAAAAACUUGGGCCAAAUCUACGAUCAGAUACAACGAGAAUAUCAAAUAUCCCCUGGUGAUUUUCCUGACAUUAAAAAAAUGCAGGAGCAGUUAGUGCAUCACGACUUCACCAAGUUUCCGCCAUUAAAGCCCCGAUUGCUCGAGGCAGUUGAUAGAAUGUUAGCCGAAGAUAUAGCCCGUUUAAUGUCAGUCAUACCACAGGAAUCUGUAAUAAGAGCAGCUGCCGAACCGAACGGUUCUGGUAUUAAAGGUGGAGCAUUCGAUGGCGUUAGUGAAAAGGCCAGCCCAUUCGGCUACUUGAAAGGCGAAGGCAUCGAUGCUGGAGCUGGUGAACCUGAAUGGAUUGUUGGAAAAGAUCGCUACAAAGCAGACAACAUCUUUGACAGUCUCAACCCGAUUGAUGGAAAAGUCACCGGAGCAGCUGCCAAGUCAGAAAUGGUAAAAUCGAAGUUACCAAACUCAGUCUUGGGUAAAGUGUGGAAACUUGCCGACGUUGAUAAGGACGGCAUGUUGGACUCGGAUGAAUUCGCUUUGGCAAUGCACCUAAUCAACAUCAAACUAGACGGUCACGACAUCCCAGCCGAAUUGCCUGUGCACUUGGUACCACCAUCGAAAAGGGGGCGCUUUUAAACCGAAUGAGGACCGAAUAAAUGAAGCAUCCUAACAAUCCAUUAGAAAUCGUACUUUUGGGGCGCCUCUCAUCUGUCAACUGACCAGUCAGUUGAGAACUUGGAUGAGAUUCUUAGACGAAUUUGUUUUCCUCGGCACAUGGAGUAUGUCUAUGAUAAGAUUAUUUGGUGUUCAAAACUGUUGAAAAUUUAUUUCUAUCCCAUUUCGUUCUGUUUGUGUGAGCUUGUGUGUACGCCAAAGAAGUGUCUGAUUCAAAAAUAACUCCAGUACGAUAGAUAAUUUAGGUAUCCGCUGGUGCCUUCUCCAUUUUAAUUUGAUUCUUCUCUUAAACUCUUUGCUUUACAUUGAUUAUUUUACCCUUAAAUAGCCGAGAAAAUUCUUGUUUAGCGUACGCUUUUCUGUAUUGAGAGUAUCACACCAAUUGGUUAUAAUGCGAAUGAAAAUGAACAGAAGAAAAUGUGA